GUUGUGACCUCCCAUUGGUCCAUUGUUCUCCAUAUUGAAUCCUGCAGCGCUGGGUGGGGGCAGAAAUUCUAGAGUUCUUAUCAUUUUCCACAAAAUGUUCCUCAACUCCAGCUUAAACAGACGAUAAAGUGAUCAAGUUAGAAAUCGUAAAGCCUUGUGAUCAGGGAUUGGUUAAAAUUAGGAAAUAUUACUUGAUGGCCGACGAGACAAGUAAACAAACAUUGAAUUAGAUUUCCGGUGAAAAACUUGUUGUUUAUGCUCAAUGAUAGGAGUGAAUUAUUAAAACAAUAAACAUGGCUCGAAGAUUACCUGCUUGUGUUAUUGAUGUAGGGACGGGGUACACCAAGAUGGGGUAUGCGGGUAAUAAAGAACCCCAGUUUAUUAUCCCGAGUGCUAUAGCUGUCAAGGAAACGGCGAAGGUUGGAGAUGAGACCCAGAGAAGGGUGACAAGAGGAGUGGAGGAUCUAGAUUUUUAUAUUGGAGACGAGGCGAUGGAGCAGAAAACUCCUUACGCUGUUAAGUACCCUGUCCGACAUGGUUUGGUGGAGGACUGGGACCUGAUGGAACGCUACCUAGAGCAGUGUAUAUUCAAGUACCUCAGGGCAGAACCAGAAGAUCAUUAUUUUCUACUUACAGAACCUCCACUAAACACUCCAGAGAAUAGGGAGUAUACGGCGGAGAUAAUGUUCGAAUCCUUUAAUGUACCGGGUUUAUAUAUAGCUGUACAGGCUGUGCUAUCCCUGGCUGCGUCCUGGGUUAAGAAGAAAGGAGCGGAAAGACCUUUAACUGGUGUAGUCAUAGAUUCAGGAGAUGGAGUUACUCAUGUUAUACCAGUGGCCAAUGGAUAUGUGAUAGGAUCGUGUAUAAAGCAUAUUCCUAUAGCUGGCCGGUCAAUAACCAGCUUUAUACAACAUCUGCUCAGAGAGAGAGAGAUAGGAAUCCCUCCAGAACAAUCACUAGAAACUGCCAAGGCUAUCAAAGAAAGGUAUUGUUACAUGUGUCCUAACAUAGCCAAGGAGUUUAGUAGAUAUGACAGCCAGCCUGAGAAGUAUAUAAAGCAGUAUACUGGCACAAAUGCAAUUACUAAGAAGGAUUUCACCGUUGAUGUCGGAUACGAGCGCUUCCUUGGACCAGAGAUAUUUUUUCAUCCUGAGUUUGCUAACCCUGACUUCACUGUUCCUAUCAGUGAAACUGUGGAUAGUGUGGUACAGAAUUGUCCAAUAGAUGAACGGCGGGGUCUUUACAAGAAUAUCGUUCUUUCCGGCGGUUCUACCAUGUUUAAGGAUUUUGGUAAACGAUUAGAAAGAGAUAUAAAGAAGAGUGUGGACGGAAGGCUAAAGAUUACAGAAGAACUGACUGGACAAACGCCAAAACCCAUUGAAGUACAAGUGAUCUCGCAUCAGAUGCAACGCUACGCAGUCUGGUUCGGAGGCAGUAUGCUUGCAUCAACGCCCGAGUUCUAUCGAGUGUGUCACACUAAAGCUGAUUACGAUGAGUACGGACCUUCUAUUUGUCGGCACAACCCUGUCUUCGGCACAAUGACGUAGAAAAGCACAAAAUAUGGCACCGAGGUCACCAGAUCUGCAGGCACACAUUCAAUCCAUCUAUCCGGUCCGUUCAUUUGACCUCCACAACGGUCAUUGGACCGUUAGAUAUUCUCUGAACCAUGAUUCGGUGCUAAAACUUGAUUUUACGUGAUGAUCCUACAAACCAGUGAAACCAGUUUUGGGAGUGGCGCGUACCGAUCCACAGUACAUCGACGUGCAGGGUCAGUUGUACACCGACGUGCUGGGUCAAAUUUGGCGGUUCCUUUGCAUCGGGUUCAACAUAUUUGACAAAAAUAAAUUAGUUCAACUCUAUCACUAAACCAAGUUUGUAUUUUUUCUUUGUGAUCUAGACUUUAAUGAUUUGUGAAGCCUUCACGGCAAAUUUUUAUUUAAAACAUGAUUUUUAACGAGACUCCAUUUAACAUUGGUUUUAUUAAUGAAUUAAUGAAUUUAUUUAAAGAAAGCUAGUUCUGUAUUUUUCUUGAUAGUCCCUGUAGUCUAUCAAAUCCUUAGUUGAUUCCUUCCACUGCUUCUAUACGCUUUGUAGAAGACUUUGUUAAAAUGUGUUGAUUUCCUAUGUGAUUAACCCGAGAUGAUAUUAUAAAUUAAUUAAUCAAUAAUUAUCAUGCUUCCAGAAAUCCACAAUUCAUCUCUCCGCUGUUUUUAGUAAAUACAUCUUUUUAUUAUA